AUGGACGCUCCUCACUUCAACCAGUUUGUCAAAAUGGAACCGUCUCAGUAUCCCGAGACCAAGCCCAUGCCGCACCAUUACGACAUGGGACCUCCGCCACUCCCACCACCACGGCCACCCCCACCCAUUGUUUAUGAAUGGCUCGACUGCCCAUACUGCGACAACCGCGCGCUCAACAAAGCCUGGCCGAUCGGGCACGCCACCAUCGGCAUGCACCAAAUCUCCAUUGCUCGCUACCAUGCAAACGUCGAGGGACCAUACGAGUACAAGGCCAAGAUGGCACGCUCCUUUGCAGAGAGUGCCAUCAAGAAGUACAUGCCCCUGUACUGCAUGCAGGCCGGCAUGUCUGAGCAGAUUGCUACGUUCAUGACCAACAGCUUUCUGCACCACUUCAAGCACCUGCCCCAGCGCGACAGCGGGGGGCUCACGGAGAGCGAGCAUCUGGUAGACAUGGUCCCUGGUGCUGUUCUGCAGCCGUAG